AAUUCAGUUAGAAAUUCAAGUCAAAGAUAUUUAAGUGAUUAUAUAUUUGUAAUUAAAUUUUAACGAGAUGUGGCACUAAAAAUAUCAAUGCUUUGGCAGCACUAAAUUGUGCUUUGAAAAAAAUAGUUUGACGUUUGUUCCGAAAAAAAAACAAAUACUGAGGCGUACAUUUUUAAAAAUAUAAAUAUUUUAAAAUUUAAUUAAAAUAAAGCUAUUUAUCAACAAUGAUCGAGGAAGAUGAUUACUUUUCCAAUAUAAGUUACAGUAAAAAUAUAGAUUGCAUUAUGCCAAGUAUAGAAAUGCUAAUAAACUUUCGUACAAAUGGCAUUCAAACAAAAAAAACUUGUUUUGUUUACGCAGAAAAAAUGGAUUUCAAAGGCUUAGUUCAACUAAGAGUGACAGAAAAAACGGAUCAAAGACGUAUGUGGCUGUGCACGAUUGAUGGUAGCAAUUUUCACGAGCUCAAGCAGGAUCAGUCAUUACAUGUAACCUUCAGUGGUUUUAUUGAAAAUUUAGUCAAAAUUCUUCAAGAUUGCCAGGCUGGAAAACUGGAAAUAUGUGUUAUACAAAUGCAAAAACAAAAUAACGAUAGAACGACGAAUUCACAAUAUCAAAUGCAAUUUGUUGAGAUGCGGAGCUUUAAAAAUUUAGUACAUUUAUCACUGCCAUGUGUUUUGGCACCAUUAAAUGUUGUGCUAUUCUAUAUGAAUACCAUAUUAGAUUCGUUACAGAAAAAAGCAGCAAUACAUGAGGUGACAGCACAACAAUUACAAGUGGAGUCACAUACCCACAUUCGACAUAUAGAACAAUUACAAGCAGAAAAUUCUAAAUUACGAGAAACAUUAUUGGAAAGUAAAAGAAAUUCAUCUCAGCGCCACGCAGAUGAAAUACAAAAAUUAGAGGAAAACAUACGUGAUGUCUUAGAGAAUAGGAAGAUUGACAAUGAGCGUCAUCGGAAGGCUCAACUAACAAUGCAAUUGCAGAUUGAUAAAUUAACAUUAGAGAAAGCUAAUAUACAAACCGAAAAACUUCAAGAUCAAAAGAAAAUUGAAGCUCUAAAUGAGGAACUGUGUGCAGUUAAGUCACAUGUUGCACAAAUGAAAGACCAAAAUGAAACACUUCACGGUGAGCUGGCUUCCAUUAGGAAUGUAGAACGAAAAAAUGAAAUGCAACUAAUGGAUGCACGUAAACAUAUAACAGAGCUACAAGAGAAAUCUAAGAAAUAUGAAAAAUCAAAGGCUGAUAUAAUAGCCCAACUUGAUGCAGAAAAGAAUAUCCUACAUACGAAACGACAAGCUUUAGAAAUGGCUUCUGCGGAAAUAUCCAAAGCUAAUGAGAUAAUAGUAAAACAAAACCAAGAACUUGUACGAUUAAGGAAGACUGUGAUUUGGCGUACUGAAGUUGCGUUACAUCAAGAGAAAGCGGUCCUGGAGAAAGAUAAUAUGUUAAAAGAUAGUCAACAAAAAAUUUUACUACUCCAGCAAACAAUAAAUACUUUACGACAAGAGAUACCAUUGCAGCUUGCUUCAAUGCGUAAAUUCGCCAAUGAGUUGGAAAGCAAAUAUAGAGACCAAAUUCAAGUACUUAAACAAAAAUUAGAAUUACCGGACAAGGAAAACUGUGCAACAGUUGCAAAUGUUUUGCAAAUAAAUAAAAGAACGUGACAUUUAUGUUUUAUAUUUUUAAAGUUUUUAUUACUGUUUGUUAUAUUUUAUUAUUCACAGUUCAAAAUUAUAGACUUAUUCACUCUAUGUUUAAUGUUUAAAUAUAUUUAUAUGUACAACA